UCACAAAGUUGUUAGCCUGCGAGAGUCUUGUUGUUUUGACUGAAGAGAAUUUUCUGCUAAAUAAGUUAUUGCACAGAGAUGGAGCACACCGAGGUGGAGAAGCCAGAAACGCUGGAUGACCUGAUAAAAAUCCUGCAUAAAAUCUUCGAGAGUGACAACAUCAAUGUUGAUGAGGUCCAAGAUAUAAUGGAAGCAUAUCAAAGCAACCCUCAGGACUGGGCGAAAUUUGCAAAGCCUGACAAAUACAGAUACACAAGGAACUUGGUGGAUGAUGGUAACGGGAAGUUCAACCUCAUGAUUCUGUGCUGGGGAGAAGGCCACGGCAGUAGCAUCCACGACCACUCGGACUCCCAUUGUUUCAUGAAACUGCUGCAGGGUCAGCUGAAGGAAACGCUGUUUGACUGGCCAGACAGUAAAUUAAAAGGUGACAUGGUCCAGAAGUCACAGAGAAUUAUUCUGGAAAACAAGGUGGCUUACAUCAAUGACUCCAUUGGCCUGCAUCGUGUGGAAAAUGGAAGCCACACAGAGGGCGCAGCCAGUUUGCACUUGUACAGUCCCCCUUUCCAGACCUGCCAGACCUUUGACCAGCGGACGGGGCACACAAACUCUGUCAAGAUGACCUUCUGGAGCAAAAACGGGGAGAGGACUCCAUUUGAAACCACCGUCUCGCAAGAGAACAACUAACGGUCACCAAAGGAGGAUCUGGAUGAUGAAGACAGUUGCAUUUAAAAUGACACUGUUGGGAAAUUGAUUCAUGGUAAACUGCUGGGGAAGCAAAAUGUGGACAUACUAUGACUUAGCAACCCAUUUAAAAAAUCAGGAGCGGGCUGGUUCAAAAGGACAACCCGGUAAUUAGAAUGGCUUUAUCGCUGUCCAGUGUGAGCUUGGCAAAUACUGAUGAGCACAGGACGAAUGCAUGAAUAGGCUUGGACACGGAUUGAAUCUGCCUUUUGUUUGUUGGGCCUGAGGAGACCCUUUUCCAAUAACAACAUUCCUGUUCAUCCACAACCUGUGUAACGACACUUUUGUGAAGUUAUGGCCCAUAGUCUAAGAGUAGAGCUUUAGCAUUUCAAAACGGGGGGAAAUAUUGCUGUUAUAGUGUUUAAAUUUUAUAUCUCAACAAAAGGAAAACCGCUCUGCAAUUAACAGUUUUGUUAUCUAUGGAGCACUUUUAUAGCUGUAUUUACUGUCAAUUUAUACCACUCAAAAUUGUCUUAACACCUGCUGAAAAUAGCGACGUGUAACAUUGUUUGUGUAGUCUAAUUAGAAAAAAGUUUGUACCAUUUGCAUUUGGAAAAAGAUGUAAAGCUUUAGACUUGUGUUGUUUUUAAAAGAGCGAUGGUUGUAAUUUAUUUAGCAGGGAAGAGAGUGAUCAGCAAGCUUCCAUGUUACUCCUAAAUGUAUUCAUACUCAAGUUUUGACCAAGAGAGUCUUUUGUACUAUUAGCAGACAAUAUGUUCAGAUAAACCCAUACCUUUUCUCAGGAUUUUGGCAUAUUUUAAUUGUAGCUGUAUUUAUAUAGUGUGUAGCUUUUGCAGCAUAGCACCUCUCAUAGCACUGUCAAACGCAUGAAUGAUUUCUGUGAUGCAGUAAAUGAUAAAUCUGGCCAUAACUGUAGACCAAUAAACACAAUUACCCUUUCACAGAACUGCA